AAAAACAGUGAAGGUGGAAUUUGAAGAGGGGGAGAGAGAGUGAGUAGAGGAGAGGGGGAGAGAGAGUGAAAGAAAGAGGGGGAGCUCGGGUAAAGUAAGUCUUGCACUAUAAUUUUGUAUUCCUAUCUUUCCAUCUGUUUCUUCGCCAAUCGAGAUAUUGCUCACUUGCUCUCGUGCGCUCUGGUAUCCUUUUCUCGCUUUCCAUCGAUUCUGCAAAUCUGGUUCUCCUCUAGUGCAGCACAUCGUUUGAUUCUGAACAUAAAUAUUCCCAGUUAAGUUUGCCGAUUUCGGGGCGGAUCUCAGUUAAAAUUUGUAGCUUUUGAAGAAAAGGAGGGGAAGAAAGAAGAUUAUCCCAUUGCCAAAGAGGAAUUUGUGUUGAUUUGAUCCGACCAGUUUGCGUUGAACUUUAUCGGAGUGAGUUUCUUGCCGAAGAAAUCGACGGAUCUUUCAAUAGAAAACAGGGGAGUAAGCUGUUUAGCUAUCCUGGAGUGCAUACUCGAUUUUUUCAGGGCCCUUAGCAUGGGCUCUUGCCUGUCGUCCGACGGCGACGGCGGGCGGAGCAGCUUGGGGCCGUCGUCUUUGGGAACUGGGUCGCCAUCGCUGGGUUCUCGUAAGGGAAAGAGGGUGGGAAGGAGGCAGAGUUCGUCCCGGCACUCGUUGUUGGAGUCGAACCGUGUUGAUGACCAGCUCCAUCGGAUCCCGGGAAGGAUGUGUCUUAAUGGGGAAAGCAACAUAGCCUCCCUCUUUAGCCAGCAGGGAAAGAAAGGAAUUAACCAGGACGCCAUGAUUGUUUGGGAGACGCCACUUUCAUAUUUUUGUUCUAGCUCCAUAUUACAGAUUUGUAUUAAACACUUUUCUCAUAUCAUGAAUCUUAAUUUUUCAGAGGAAGCAGAGAGAAUUCGACGACACAGAGGUAGGGUGUUUGCUCUUAAGGAUGAGCCAGAAGUAGCAAGGGUUUGGUUGCCAAACUAUAACUCUCCUGGCUUGGCUAUGGCUCGUGCUUUUGGAGAUUUCUGUCUCAAAGAUUUUGGCCUUAUUUCAGUGCCUGAGUUCUCCUACCGCCGCGUUACUGAGAAGGAUGAAUUCAUUGUUUUGGCUACUGAUGGGAUUUGGGAUGUGCUUUCCAACAAUGAAGUGGUCGACAUUGUUGCAUCCACCCCUGCUCGAUCUUCUGCCGCUCGUUCCUUAGUCAAUCAUGCGGUUCGAGCAUGGAGGUUUAAGUACCCAACCUCCAAAGUAGAUGACUGUGCUGUAGUAUGUCUAUUUCUGAACAAUGACGAACCUGAUAUCAAAGAACCAUCAAUGGAAUCAUCGGAUACGAACGGAGAUAAGCUGGAGCCAUCCACUCUGAACAACUGUGAGAAUGUAAGAACUUCAGUAGACGAGAACAGUAGUAUUAGAGAUGAUGGAUCUCUCUCUGAUUCACAGCUUCCUUCCACAACGGAGAGUGAAGAUUGGUCAGCAUUGGAGGGUGUGACGCGUGCCAACACAAUGUUGACCCUGCCCAGGUUUGUUUAGAAGCAGAGAUCUGCUAGCAACAAGAGACUAAGAAGUGAAGCGCUUCUAUUGGGAUAUUUUGUUUCUGUGAUUUUGGAACGUGCUUAAUGAAAGCGGUAUCAGCUUUAUUGGCGCCUA